AUGGCAGCAGCUGUGGGUGAACCGUCCGCAUCGAUAAACUGGACCCCAGCAUUCUCGGCCGCCCUCAUGCUGUCAUCUGGCGUGGAGACGCAGCCCGUCUCUCUCGAUGCCUCCAUGUCUGCGGGGGCCCAGGAGUUAUACGCGGAACUUCCAGUGAGCGUCUCCCCGGAGCUUCCUGCGGAGUUUGAGCCAGGUGUGACUCCAGAUGCGAAACCCGAGGCCUCAAGCUCCUUGCUACGGACUUUGCCUUUAGAGCCACAGAGGAGUCAUGUGGAAAAUUGCUCUCGAGACGCUGACCCCAUGGACGGUGGGGAAGAACCGAGAUGUUGUGGUCUGGCUGCAGAGUGCCCAGCCAGAGACGUCGAGGCUGCAGGAGUCCUUGAGAAAGAGAGGGCUGUGGGGAGAGGGAAGCAGAAGUCCUUACGCAACCAGGGGAAGCAGGAGGCGGCGGCGAGCGCUGGGAGAGCCCCCCCGGAGAGAUUGGCGGAAGGCCAGGAGCAGCCUUCCUCAGCUGCUGCUGCGGGAGCCUGGGGCUUGUGCCAGGUGGUCCUUGGGAAGCGGCUGGAUCAAGAUCUGAGCUGGAGCAAGUCUGAGGAUGAGCCUGAGGAUGAGCCGCAUCACACAGAAGAAAACCAAGGAAACGUACAGGUUACAACUGAAACUCUGCCAAAACCUACUGAAGAAGGACAAGGUAUGAAGGUCAAUGGGACUAAGAUGAUUAGUAAUGCAGAACACAGGAAUAACAAAGUGAGUAAAAGUCUCCCACCUGGGUGCAUCGACUGCCCAGAUGUAGACAAAAUCAUGACCAGUUGUGAGGUUUCAGAAACCAGCACCGUAGUGUCCCUAGAACCUUUAACCUCUGUGAAGCCUGGAUUGACAAAAGCGCCUUCAACAGAAAAAGAAUGUGAAACAUCCAGCGUUUGCCCAUCACCAGAGGGCAGUGCCAGCCUCCCGUUGUCUAGUGGAGAAGUUCCAUCAGGAUUGGGCCUUGACCACGAAGCCACCGACAAUCAUCAACACAACUGUGGGUGGGAUGUUAAAAAUCCUUCCGAGACCAGCAUUCCUCAGGUGAAGAGCAAGAAAGAUGGCGUUCUUUCUUUGGAAGCAGACCCCCAAGAGGCACCUUUCCCAUUGAGCUUAGCUUGUGUGGGGUCUGGGAGUAUUUCCACGGAAGAAUGUGGCUCUGGAGAUGUGCUCCAGAGGACAGAAAAAGUCUUCUGGACCAGAGAGGUCCCGAGAAAAGAAGGCUCCGCUUCUAGACUAGCGGAGGAAGAACAACUUCAGAGUGUCCAGAGCAAAAGUCGAGAAAUACUACCUGUUAAUUCAACGCCAGAAGGAGAAGAAAGCAGCACAUCUCCUUUGAAAUGUGCCAGGGAUGAAAGAGGAUGUGUCCGUGGUAAUGGCUGCUGUGUACCCAGCCCCAGUCAGAGCUCUCGAAGUCUCCAGCAAGAGAACUCUCAUUCUCCCUCAGAAGGAGAUCCUGUGAAAGUUCCUUCAGAAAGUCAAGAAAAUGUCAACAGAUGUGAAGGCAAGAGGGUAACUUGUCCUUGCGACCUACACCACGAUGAAGACACUCUAGAGGAAAGUGACGACUUGGUGAUGCAGAAGGAAGAAUCAGAAAAGACCGUCUAUGGAAACCCAAGCGUAUUUGACAGGAACGUUGACUCUUUGGUUGGCAGCCAGACAGGCCCAGGAAGCACCACUGAGAAAAGAGACCUCACUGCUUGUUCUGUGCCAGAUGAACCACCCAAGCCUGUAAGAAAAGUCUCAGAGGCCAAUAAAGUUCUUCCCCAGUUCCAGAUGGACAAAAAAUGUGACCUUGCUAACCAGCCUGAGGCGAAAGAAACUCUGGGUUUCUUAAAGAGGGGUGUUAUUCCAUUUGUAGAUGGACAGAGAAGUGCUUCUUAUGAGCAGAAGGAAUUUGUUUCACACCCUGCGGAGUCCAGUGAGGACAAAGAGGAGCUUUUAUGUGAAUUAUCUGGAAAGAAGUCUUUCGAUGCUCGUGACCACAGUGAAGCAAGGGAUUGCCAAGAAUUGUCUUUAGGUGAUAAUGCAGAAGAAGUCUGCAAGGGAAUAAACGAGGUUUCUCCGCAACAGGCUAACUCCAUUUUGGAGGAUGGAGACAAGGUCAUUGCUAGCCAGCAAACCAUUCUGACUCACAUGAGCAAUGUGAAGGAUGCCUUCCGCCCAGGUGCCACCACCUGCCGUGCCUCUUCCCAGAAUCAUGACGUCUGUGCUAAGGCAGUAAACUUUAAAAGAGUGCCAAAAAACACAGUUGGGGGAACUCUAGAGGCGAUGUCAGCAGUAUCCAUGUUAUCUAAAGAGGCAGAGCGUGAAAGUGCUCAAUCCCAGGGAUGUCACAGCUGCCUCCGGAGAGCUGAAAACGCCCCAGAAGAGGACGUAAGUGCAGAGGGUGUUGCCUACAAGUCCACUGCAACCUCCUCAGAAGCUGAGAAUCGCUCUGUAUUGACCUCUGAAGACACAUUGGUGCCCAGUGAUCCUCACUGUCCAGGAACAGAAAGUAGCCCGGCCGAAACUAUCCUCGAUGUGAGACAUCCCUCGGGGGAAAGUGAACUUUCUAAAGAAGAAACUGAAGAUAGUUUUCAAGAAGGCAAGAUCAGGAAUGAAGCGGCUUCCUGUUCGUUAGUCAGCAGAGCCUUAAGCAAAAGCACACUUGCCUUGAGCCAUGUUAAGCCUGGAAAUUUCAUAGCAAAGUCAGCUCGAAAAGGAAAGAAACUGGGAACACAGAGUAAGGAGACUGCAUUACCUGGUGAAGCCCAAACCUCUGAGGUUAGUGUUUUAGAAAGUAAGCUGUCCUCAAACAUUCCAAAUCCUGCAGAACCGAAGGACCUGUGUUGCAGCUCAGAUGUGAAGGGUAUAAACCAAGCAGAUGGGACAAAUAAAGGCCUUAAACGCCAGAGUGACCUUAACAAUCCAGUUGAAUGCUGGAGUGAAAGUGAAUCGUCUACAAGCAGGCAUCAUGCUGUGGGGAUCUCUGAUGUCCAAAACACAGACAGUCAUAAGAGUGAAGAGAUUUCAAAACCUAACAAAGGGUUGCGCUCCAGUCGCAAAGAACUGCUAAUUAAGGACUCGAGUACUGUCCAGCCAUCUUGUGGUCUUCCAAAGAAAAAUGUUUCUAAUACCUCCCUCGAUAAUGAAGAAUCGACCGUGUGCAGAGCCGCCCCAGCUCAUCUUCGUAACAAGCUUGGAGAAGAGGUGUUAGAAAUGAAAGAAUCUGGUGCAGCUAGGAGUCACAGAAGGCAAGAAGAGCUGUCCCGGCUUCAGACAGAUGAGCCUUUGAGUAGGGACCAGCCUCAGGGAGAAGUACGAGUUCCAUUUCAAAGACUGAUAGAUGAGGACUCUGUUGUAUCAGGUGCUUCCAAUUCCUUUAAUAUGAGACCUCUGAAAAUCUUAGCUUCUUGUACAGGGACACCAUCGGGAGACCAGAGUCAUGGCGGUCUUGGUAAUGCCGUGAGCUGGGAGGGCAAGAAGCUGGGUCAAGCGGCACGAGACAAUGAAGCACAUGGGCCCAAGAACUCCUCGGCCCGUGGGAAGGGAUCUGUUACCAAACAUGAGCCAGAUGCAAAGUUAUCAGAUACCACGAAUGGAAGAGUUAUUGAAGGAAUACUUCCAGGGGAGACACAAGGAACAACUGGAGGGCCACAAAUGAAUUCUGUGUUUGAUGAGAAAGAUUCCUUAGAAGUUUCUUCCAGAGAGCAUGAUCUUGGUGAAAAAGCUAAAACAGAACAUCUUCCUGUGUCAGCAGAUGUCAAAGUCCUCCCAGAAAUUUUAAAGAAUAGCACAUUGAAGACUAAAGGGAAGAAGAGAGCACCCGAGAGAAGCCUUAACUUUGAUACAGGAGGCAAGAGAGAUACAGCAGGAACAUUCCAGCCAAAGCUGGUCUCCUCUAUGACAACUUCAUCUGUUGAACUGAAUCUCGAAAAUAAAAUGAACAGAAGAGAGAUAGAAGAACAGCAAAGGACCUUAAAUAAUUUAAAAGUCAGAGAGGAAUCUGAAGGGGAAAUGUCGAGAGAAGAAGGUGGUGAAAAGAGUUCAGAUGCUCAGAGAUCGUGUUUUAAACGGAAGAGGAUGUGUGGCGGGAGUGGAACAGAGAAAGCUCACGCUGUCCAGGGCUACAGGUGUCUUAAAGGAGGGCGAGAAGGGACGCAGCCAAAGAAAAGAGGAACCUUUUCCCAGAAGGAAGCUUCACUGAACGCCAAGCCAUUUAUCGGGCCAACAACGGGCCUGUCAUCACGAGACUCGGCGAGUCAAAACCACCUUCAGGAAUACGCACGUGAGCAGAGUCCUUUGAAGGAUAUAGGAGCUGAGGUGACCGAGGAGGAAUGUCUUCCUCAAACUUUUCUAAAGAUGGAUAAUUCAGAGUCGAGUUUCCCCACUUUCACUAGGACACCACAAGACAUUAGUGGUUCUGGAUGGGAGAAAACAUACGGUACCUUUGCGAUUCUCCCAUGGCAAGGACAAUCUCUUCCAUCAUUAAAGAAGGAGCUAAACAUCCCUUGCCAUGAGCCCAACGAGACUGGAAGAAACACGAAUGAUGUCCAGGCGUGGGUUCCUCUAAAGAAUGCUUCAGAAACCAUCUCGGGCAAAGAACACGGAGUCCUCCGCUGGUCUUCUGCUGUCCCUCCAUUCUCUGCUUUGAGGGCCGAUCACACGCCCCAGCUGAAAGCCCCGAGACGCCUUGUGCUGAACAGCACGAGGCUUGAGAAACCUACCAAAGAGUUGGCCUUGCUAAGCAAGCUGUCCGUUCUGGCCAGGAAGCUGCUGACCGCGUCCACGGCGACCCAAGAGUUACGACGUCAGCCAUCAACUGCCCAGCUUCUUCCGGUGGCUGAGACCUACAAACGGCUCAGGUUUAAAAAGCUCCAGGAUGAAUCUCCCCACAACAUGACGCAGCUUAACCUACGCCUCGGUGAUUAUGGGUGCAACAAGACACUUGAUGGUCAUCAGCCUUUGGCACUUUAUCCCCUCGAAGCUCUCAGAGCAAGCUUCUUAGACUUGAUGAACAAAAUGCCAUCAUUGCAAUUCAAUGCGCAAAUCUUCCCAAUAUCCUUUCACAUGAACCUGGACUCAGAGCUCACAAGUGAUUCUACAAGAAUUUUUUCUGAGCAUUGUUCCCCUCCUGAGAGUGCCCCAGCAGGGGAUCCCAUGCACCCGCCUCAGCCUCCAAAGUGGACCGUGUCCUUCCUUAUGUCCCAGGGUUCUUCAGGGACAGCCACAUUCAGGGAAGAUGCAGGGCUCGGUUGUGAGCUGCGCUCCCAUGCUGCCCUGCAGACCCUGUCCCCCGGGCAAGCCCCUGGAAGCAAUGCUAUCACGAAGGUCAGAGCCGGUUGCUCUGUCCUUGGCCUUCAUACAGUUUUAGCACUUUCUUCCCCUGGAUGUUAUAGGAUCUGGACGAGAAGGAGGAGCUUAUCCAGUCAUUUGCCUACCAUCCAGAGGCUCUUCAUGACUCAGUUUACACAGGGCUUCAAAGGGUUAAGGCUUCAAGCAUCUCUAUCCAACAGUCUCUUCCCUUCUCUGCCCCACUCAGUGGGCAGGGUACUGUCCAUAUGGAGCCAGCAUGGUCCUUCUGCCUGCCCCUUCGAAAUCACUACUCUCCAUUCCAAACACAGCAAGUGGCCGCCAACUCUGGGCAUCAGGAACAGCCAUGCCAUCCUACCACACGUGCCUCUGUUGGGCAUGGAAGCCACCCCUGUUAAGACCAGAGACAGUCCAACUAGGUCGGGAUCUCCAGUCUCUGCUUUGGCACCAAAGUCCUGCUUAGCCUUUGAGCCAGUGGUCAGUGUGCUCCGGCUUUCCACCUCUGACUACCAGAUUCCUGCUUUGAAAGAGCUUAGGAGAGUCCCCCCUGUGUGCUCCAAUCAGCACAGCAGUACCACCCAGAAAGAGAGUGAACCAGAGAAGCGGCCAACAAAAGUCUCCCAGAUUAGAAUCCGGAAAACCAUUCCUAGGCCAGACCCCAACCUCACCCCAAUGGGCCUGCCUCGACCCAAAAGGCUGAAGAAGAAGGAAUUCAGUUUGGAAGAAAUCUACACCAACAAAAAUUACAAGUCCCCUCCUGCGUCCAGGUGUUUAGAGACCAUCUUUGAAGAGCCCAAAGAGAGAAACGGGGCGCUCAUUUCUGUCAGUCAGCAGAAGAGAAAGCGGGUCCUGGAGUUCCAGGAUUUCACCGUCCCCCGGAAGAGGAAGAAUCGUGGUAAGAUCAAGGUGACGGGCAGCUUCACCAGGGCAAAAAAAGCUGCCCUGCAGAGCCAAGAGCUCGACGCCCUUUUGAUCCAGAAGCUAAUGGACCUGGAGACUUUCCUUGCCAAGGAGGGAGAAGACGAGCCGGCUUCAGGCUGCUGAGGGGUCGAGUCCAUGGAGGAAUCUGGGGACCACUGGGGGCCGUUCUCUUGGACCUCCUCGGUGAGGAGAAUCUCGUGGCGAUUCUCGGUCAUUUAAACCACUCAGCCCGCGUGAGGGAUCCCUGGUGAACAAGCUCCGUCGAGGCGCCGACAUCUCUGCUCUGCUGCUGAGGAAGGCUCGCCUGCCCUCCCCGGCGAGGGCCCGUGCCCUCCCCGGCGAGGGCCCGUGCCCUCCGCAGCCUUGGCGCGCCCCCGGGCCAGCGGCCCACCUGUGAUAACACUAGGAUCCCCAGGACCCACCCACCUCAUUUUGCACGUCCCUGUGGACUUUCUCCAUUGUUUACAGCGGUGCUAGUCGCAGAAGCUGAAUCACCUUGUUCUUGGGACCCCCGACUCGCGGGAGGAGCUGGGGAGUGGUUCGUCCUGAGGUUGUUCUUAAAUCCUGGGAAUGAGUCUGCUUAGCCCUGGGUUCUGUGUGAGUGGCCUCCCCCGCCCCGCCCGCCGGUGCCCCGGCCACUGGCACCCGAGGAGCCCAACAAGGCACCAUUCCAAGUCAGUUGCACUUUUCAAUGUUGUGGUGUUUCCUCUUUUUAUUAUUAUUGUUGUCAUUGUUGUUAUUAUUAUUAUUAUUAUUAUUAUUAUUGCUGCAUGUUGGGGAGCCUUUAAAUGUGAUUUUUGUUUUUGUUUUUAUUUUUUAACAUGUGGAGGAGAAAGGCAUUUAUCUUUUAAGCAGAGACUGUUGGCUAUGCCAUGUGGGUCUGACCCAGUCCCUCACCGGGCGGUGCGAGCCCCGGCCCCUCCCUCCCUCCCUCUCUUGGGCCGCUCCUCCCCCACAUGCAGGGCUGGCCAGCCCGGAGAGGAGGGGCCCCGCGGCCGCUUCCCACCCUCCAAGUGAGCGGACUUUGUGGGCAAAGAGCCGGUUUUUCUCCAGGUAGUUUUUAAUGUACUGGGACGAGAUGGGAUUUUACUUUGUUUUAUGGUCAAAACAUGAUGGUGGAUGAUGCUGGACUUACUCCCUGGGGCUGGCUGGGUUCAAAGGCUUAUUCCCUAAGUCUCUAUAUGUAUGAAAAACCGCCUGCUUCGGGGCGGAGAGGGCGCGUCCACGCCUCCUUGCUGGAAGUUGCCUGGAGAAGCCCGCCCCAGCGAGGGCCCGCGCUCUGGUCACUGUGUUUGUGACCUGUACUUGAAGCUUUAUGAAGAGAGAGGGAGAGAGAGAGGGGUUGCAGCUGCUGUAGAGCGAAGCCGCCUUCAUUCCCGGAGCCCUUCUCCUCGGGAUCCGCUUGGUCCCCUCCCCCUCUGCUCUCUGCGUUUCUUUUUCUUGUAAGCAGGUCUUCCUUUGUAGAGAGCUGGGCCUCCCUGCCAGGGAUCAGGGUGCUCCUCUUCCUCCAGGUCCCUGGCACCUCUUCCAUUCUUCCAGGCCUCUCUGCCGGGUACCCUCCGGGGCACACAAGACCCACCUGUUGCGUCGCGUGUUCCCCCUUGGGAUUAACUUACUCGAGUUGGGUGGAGGCCUUUGGCCUCUGCCCUUCCGCAGUCCGGCUGUCUGCGCCCGCCUGAGAGAGCGUGGGCUUUUUCCCUUGGAAGUUCCUGGCCUAGACAAAGGGACCCAGAGCGUCCGCUAUAGACGGAUGGGACCAGAACCCUUGCCCUCCAGAUUGGACCAACUCGGUAUCGUCCGUGGCUGCAGCGGGCCCAGGCCACAUCCUAGAGGCCUGCAGCCUUCAGACCUGCCUGGGACAGAGGGUUCCUCCCUCUCUGUGCACUACCCUGGAGGAAUAGUGUGUGCUCUUCACAGCCUCUUUUCGGGGCGCCCCUUCCCCCCCAACCUAGCUGUCUUGUUCCAGAGGGACCAUUUUGUCAGAUCCGUUGGCGGUAUCGGGAGAUUGGGUCCCGUGACAGUCGGUGGACCAGGAGGCAGACGCUGCCGCAGUGUCUGUAAUAAUGUCAUUUCAGCUUUAGCGCAGCCACAAGUGGGACUCAGAAAGGCCAGGUGACCAGGGAUUGAUGAAGUUCUGGCAGCACUGUGGAGGGCGAAGGGAGCCCCUAUAGUGAGCCCCAGCGGCCCUUGUUAUUUCUCAAGUCAGCUGACUUGUCCCGUAGCUUUCCUUCCACCCCCCAGUUUUAAUGAGGCCAGAAAGGCUUCUUUUUAGAGACCUUUGCCAUUCCCUCCAAGUCUCUUAUCGGGCUUCCAGUCACUCACAGGGAGUUGUCGGAUGUGGGGGCCUAGAACUCGGUAGCCACGUCUGUCGUCAUGUCUACAGGCUUUUCAUGACACUUGCAGCCCCCCUGGCAGGGACCAGGUUCUGGCCCAGCUGGCCUGGAUCACCUCAGGGGCGAGCGUGUUUCCUGGGUGGGACGGGGGAAGAAAUCUCAGGUCUGAGCAGCGUUCUGCUUGUUGCUGACCCUUUCGUGGCUGACUUCCCUCUUCCUACCGCUUCUCUCCCCCUUCCCUCCCUUUCUAGUCUCAUUUCUCUGUUCAUGUGAAAGUACCUCAUUCAAACCGAUCAUGUCUGUGUUGUCUUACUAAGGGGGAGGGGGGUGCAGUGAAGAGACAUGUAGCAUUUGCCUUACUCGGAGCCCAAUGAGCUCAGAAACUCAUGCUGUGAAUCCCAAAACAUGAUGCUCCCCUUCCCCCCAGCUGUGAAAAUCAUGACACUUGGUCACACUUUUGCCUGAAGGGCACGCUGGAGCUGGAGCCAACUUCGAAGAACGGGGGCAUCUGUUCUUCUGCCCCGGCUGUGGGCUGCUCGGUAGGAGGGUUCUGGGAUGGGGGCUCUAGAGCCGCCCUCUCAGUCUCCAGACAAAGAUUUGAUCUUCUUUCAUUAAACACUAUGUAUAUUAAGAUCAACCUUUAGGCAAUGAUGCUUUUCUCUUGUCACUUUGAGGCAGGGGAAUGAUAGGCAGUUAUUUUUAUUUUGUUUUGUUUUUCCUUUAAUGCCUGUGGGAAAAUAUUUUUUAAAUUUCUUCUGGUGUCUGUGAAAGGACCUAGGAUGUACCACAUUGUGGGUGGCUUUAUCCAAAGCAUUACAAAGAAUUGGCAGAAGUGUCCCUUCCUACGGAUCUUCUCAGGAAAGGACCCUCCCUGCCAAAGGAACUGAAAUCCUCACGUCCAGGCACUGGACAGGGGAGAAGGCUUCAGCCGACGGAAAUCAGAGUUUAAUAUUCCAUUGAGCCACAAACCCAGCCCCAGACGUUUUCUGGGUAUCCUGGUGGGUGGGGUGGGGCGGGGCGGGGUGGGGGUUGGGGGAGGGUGGAAGAAUAAUGAUGGUCAAAAUUGUUACUUCAGCAUUUUCACAAGCCACCUCGUGCUGCAUUUGACUUCUGGGAGACGUUUCAGCACCCUUGGUGCUGGACAGGGCCAGUAGCUGCCUGAAUAAAGUGUUUCUAUCUUAUCAUGAGAAAUAGUUCGGUGAAAUUUGUACAUUUUUGGUAAUCUCAAUCAUGCCCCUUGAAGUUUCAUUUGUUUGGUAGUUUGUGAAUCUGAAAUUCCCACUGUUAUAUGUGUUAAUUUAUGAAAAUAAAAAAAAUUAAAAACCUUUUUUUUUUUUGAAAAAGUUUCAAAAA